CCACCCAGCGGUCCCGGGGGCGGGGGGAGGCCUGCGGGCCGCCGGCCCUGGAGGGACAGCCCAGGUGAUGCGAGGAUGACCAUGGCCCAGGCUGGAGCCGUAGCAGCAGCUGCCGCGGGACUCCUGGUGUUCCUCCUGUACUGCUCCAUCCACAAGGUUGAGGAGGGGCACCUGGCUGUGUAUUACAGGGGUGGUGCAUUGUUAAGUAGUCCAAGUGGACCGGGCUACCACAUCAUGCUCCCCUUCAUUACCACGUUCAAAUCUGUGCAGACUACUUUGCAGACUGAUGAAGUGAAAAAUGUGCCUUGUGGGACAAGUGGUGGUGUUAUGAUCUACAUUGACCGAAUAGAAGUUGUGAAUAAAUUGGCACCAUAUGCAGUGUAUGAUAUUGUGAGAAACUACACUGCAGACUAUGAUAAAACCUUGAUCUUCAAUAAAAUUCAUCAUGAGCUGAACCAGUUCUGCAGUGCCCACACCCUGCAGGAAGUAUACAUUGAGCUGUUUGAUCAGAUAGAUGAGAAUCUGAAGUUGGCUCUGCAGGAGGAUCUCAAUGUCAUGGCACCAGGUCUCACUAUCCAGGCUGUGCGUGUUACGAAACCUAAAAUCCCAGAAGCCAUACGAAGAAAUUUUGAGCUAAUGGAGGCUGAGAAGACCAAGCUGCUGAUUGCAGCCCAGAAGCAGAAGGUGGUAGAGAAGGAAGCAGAGACAGACCGUAAGAAGGCGCUCAUUGAGGCAGAGAAGGCUGCUCAGGUGGCCAGGAUUCAUUACCAACAGAAGAUCAUGGAGAAGGAAACAGAGAAGCGAAUUUCUGAGAUUGAAGAUGCUGCAUUCCUAGCAAGAGAGAAAGCAAAAGCUGAUGCUGAGUACUACACUGCUCAGAAGCUGGCUGAUUCCAACAAGAUGAAACUCACCCCUGAGUAUCUGGAGCUAAUGAAAUACCAAGCAAUAGCUGCAAACAGCAAGCUGUAUUUUGGUGACCGCAUCCCCAACAUGUUUCUGGAUUCCUGUGCCUUUCAUCAAGCCAGCCUGAGGACUGCCCAAGAACCAGCCUUCCUUCACAAGAAGCCCUGGAGACCUCUGGAGAAAACCAUCUUAGAGCGAAGGAAAGCACUGGCUGACAGAGGUAGAUACCUGUACUCAGUGUAGCUCAACAGCGUGCCCAGCUGUGAACACGGGUGGUGCCCUGUGCUGAUGGGGCAGAUGCAGUGCAUGCAUGGACAUCUUGGGUAUAGGUGGCAGUUGGGUUGAUUUUCUUCUAGCAACAACAGAGCAAAUGCUCUGCCUCUUCUGUUUGUCCCCCUAUUAAAUUGGUGCUUUCAAAUGAGGGAUAAUCCUGUACUAACAUACCUAUACUGGAAUAUUAAAAGACAGACACCAGGAAAGCCUUCUGCAGUAGGUGCAGUUAUUUAGCAAACAUUACUCUGGAGGUAGGGGAUGUGGCUUUCAGGGCUGUAUUGCAGCACACUGAUCAUUCCCCAGUGCUCCUUGCUGAGGCAAAGCAAAGAAGUUUAUUUUGUUCUGCUGAUGAAGUUCCACUAUGAAGUUCCACAAAGAGGCAUGUUUCUACCAGUGCUUCUCUAACUUUUCUCAAGGACUCAGUGGAGUGGGAGCCAGCAGAGGCUGUGUGUUCCUGCUCAGGGCAAGGCCUGGUGAGGAGUGGUUUGGUGUGGAAUAGGUUAUUUGAAUAGGAUCUGCAUAGCUAUAAUCAUGAUAUUUCCUGUGAUCAGUGGCAGUAGGUAACAACUUGGAGCAAGCAAUCUCCAGCUCCUUCUCCAAGCAAGAGCCUCACACUGGCUGCUGUGACUGACUGGUCACAGGCUGACCAGCUGGGUGGCUGGGUUUUGCCUUCCACCCUAAACCAGAUUUCAUGGAGCACCUCUGAGCAGCUGCUUAGGAACAGAGCUGGGAAAUCUUUGCUUAGACCUCAGCCUCCCUGUAGAUCUUUUCAGCAGGGAAAGGCAACUGAAUUUCAACUGCUCUGCCUUGCUGGCAAAGUGAAGAGUCAAAGAGCUCCACCCUGCAGCAGAUCAGAUAUUUAACAUCUCAGCUGCAAAGCAGGUGAGGCAUUGUUGCUUCCCUGGGCAAAAUCCACCACUCCAAGAGGAAGUGGGGCCUGCCUCAUGUGUCCUUGAGCAACCAUGGUGGUGUCUGUUACUGGUCCUCUCACCACUGGUCAGGCAUUGCAGCAUCACUGGGCUUUUGUCUUACAAGCAGUGCUGGCAGAAUGAUCUUUUCUCCUGCUGGGUGUUGUAAUAUAUCCAACCCCUGCUCUCUGUGUGAGAAAGACAUGCUUGGGAGGGAAGUCUGCUGGUAUGAUCUCCUUUCCUCUUUUCCUCUGUCCUCCUGUUUUCCUGUUAGGAUGUGCUUGUUUCUAGGACCUGUUGCUUGUGUUCUACAAUGAUCCCAGAAGACUAUGGCUGGGGAAGCAACUGGCAAGAGCUUGUGCUGAGAUGUCAUUCCCUGUCUGGUAGCUGCCUGCCUCUGACCCCAUUCCAUAUUCCAAGACUGCCUGUACUUCACCAGCCUGGAAUAUUUGUACAUUCAUCCUGCUUUCCUGUCCCCUCAGCUUCAGCCACAUGCAGCACUUGGCCUUGGGGCUAUCCAUUGGAUCUGCUGUUUGGAGAUGCUCAGGGUACUUGGACAGUUAGUGCUGGUGUUGGAAUCAUCUGGAGCCUCAUGGCAAGGGGAAGAACAUGCUUGGCUUUUGCCUUGGUGAAACAGUCCAAAAAAAUCAGCCUGACUUUCACCUCCAGCAUGUUCAUGUUUUCCGUGUCUGCAAACUCCCAAGGCUCAGUUGGUUUUCCACCCCAGGCACCAGCUCUGCUUCAGACACAGCCAUGGCAGGGGCAGGGGGCAGGACCUGGGCCCCCAGUGAGAGUCCAGCUGAAGGUGCUUAUCACUGGUUCUGACUUCAGGGAGGGCAUGGAUGUAGGUGGUUCCUUGUGUUCUGAGGGUGAAAGGAAGGGUACUGCUGCUGCCAGGAGGAGAGGAUUCUCCAGUUUUUGUUGUGCAGUUUGUGUCCCAGCUGUGUGUGUGCCUUGCAGGUCUCCCCUUGGGGAGCACUAAGCUCAGCUUUUGCACGGGAGGGCUCAUGUCUUCUCCUGUCCAAGACAACUCUCCUAGCAAAGAGCCUUCAGAGGACACUGGUGGUCAAAGAAGCAGGGAGGAUGUCUGCAUCUUGCACAGCUCAGCCAUCAGGCAGGGCAGAGCCAAGAGUGAUGGGUGAUGGCAGUGGAGGAGCAGGCAGGCACAGCAUUAGUCCCCAUGGGAAGGGUGCAGAGGCAGAGGGGGGCUGGCAGUGUAUUUCAUAGCUGUGGUAUUUGAAAUGUCUCCUGGGAGCACUGUUGGAUUUUCAAGGUCCCCUUUCUCCAGUGGGAAACCAGUGGAGUCACAUCUCUUUGACACUCCACCUCGUUGGUUUUGCUGGCUUGCAGCAGCCACUUUGGUUGACUUUUGAGACAAAGGCAGAGUUUUUACAACAAAAGUAUUGCUGGAGGUGGCCUUGUCACCACGUGUUAGUCACCCAGGUUGGGGGCUGCCCGGUGCUGGCAUCACACUGGGUGGAUGGGGUAGGUGCUGCCAGCCUGGAGAUGACAGGAGAGUAACACAGUAACAGGAAACUUCUGGGAGCAGUAACCAGGCAGCUCACAGCUCUCCUGCUCGGAGUGUUCAGAGCAAGAUCUGCAUACAGGGACCACAAAAGCCUCCAAGCCCCUCCAGGAAGAGCUGUUUCCCUUUGGAUCUGAGCCUUGCUGGGCCUCCCUGCAGCCAUCCAGGCAGAUGCAUGGCUUUGCUAUUAGUUGCUAAAUGUCAUCCUGGUCUGGUUGGGAAUGCAUCAGCCAUCUCCUGCCUAUCCGGUCUGAGGGAUACCUGGGCAUUGCAGUAAUGUGCGUGUGAUGGUCACAUCUGCAAAUGCCUCCAUCCCUUCUGCUUCCCCUGCUACUGCUUCAGAAGCCUGAGUUGGUGUGCAAGAGGGUGGCAUCUCCAUGACUGUACUGUGCCCCAGUCUGGGCUUUGCUUCUCUCUAAGCUGGGAGCUGCAGAGCAGGCGUAUGGGUGCCACCAGGAAUGUGGGUUAGAACUUUUUUUUCCUUUCUCUCUGUUCAAAAGCCCUGUGUGCUCAUGUGACUAAGGGGGUCUGCCAAUGGAUCCACACCUUUUGAGACAAGACGAUACAAUAUGUUCAAGUUUACAUGCAGUGUUAAGUUCUUUUGAUAAAGCAGAAUAAACAUUAUUUUGUUA